GUUCCCGCCGUCACCCCAACCUUUUGCCUCCAGUCUUCCUUCCCUGCCGGGCACCGGCUGCCGCCGCGUCAAGUCUCCGAUCGUUUGCUGCUCUGCUUGCCCGUCAUUUCGACCUGCCGCCAUCACGGACCUUCGUCUUGCUUCAUCUCCUUGAAGUACCUGCUUCACUGGACUCCUGUAUCUACUACUCUUCCUGUCAGUGAUUGUUUUGGUUUUGCCUGUGGGCUUUGUCGAUUCAGCUGAAAAAACCCAGAUACCCAACUCCCCCACUGCACCAUACGAAGAAACUCUUUUGGUUCAGAAACAAUACAUUUGCAAAGUUGGGGAACUGAAUUCAGCUAAAGAUGCCACGAACAACCACGGUGGAGUGCCCCGGUUGCCCUCCGAUUCGAGCCCUAACCUUCGACGCUCUAGGUCUCAUCAAAGUCACUGAGUCUCGAGGCAAUAGCGGAAUUCCUCAGGUGGUGGAAAGAUGGGGGGAUGCCGAUUCCUCAAAACGUGUGCUUGCUGCCUCCAUUGAUGAUCGUGCAAACGACCCAAUAUUGGCUGUCGCAAGGAAAAAUAGCACGAUUGAAAUUUCUAAUCCUCUUAAUGGGGACAUUUUUGUGUCACUAUCCAAUAUUGGCGAUGGUGAUGCUCACCCUGAAGAUGAUGAUGAUAUUGCUGGUUUGCAUUUAUUCAAGAAGAGCAGAUCGGUGGGAUCAUGCUCUUUGCUUACAUGUACAACCAAAGGCAAUGCAAGUUUGAGGUCAGUCGACAUUACACCUGCAGGGAACACUAACAAUGAUGGUGCCUCUAAUUCGUGGAAAGUUUGUGCUGCUGGUAAUAUCUUAUGUGCUAAAGUCCACGGAAGUGAAAAACAUGCUUUAUUUGGAGGGAAAGGUGUUGAAGUAAAUUUGUGGGAUCUUGAGAGCUCUACUAAGAUUUGGUCGGCAAAACCUCCUCCCAAAAACAGCCUUGGCAUCUUUACUCCAACAUGGUUUACGUCUGCAACAUUCCUGACAGGGGAUGAUCACCGGAAGUUUGUGGCUGGCACCAAUAGCCACCAGGUCCGUGUAUACGAUACUUCUGCUCAACGCCGACCUGUGAUAUCUUUUGAUUUUCGGGAGACCCCUAUUAAAUCAGUAGCUGAAGAUCAUGAUGGUUAUACUAUUUAUGUGGGAAAUGGCUCUGGUGACCUUGCUUCUUUUGACACCCGCACAGGAAAAUUAUUAGGUUGCUUUCUGGGGAAGUGUUCUGGAAGCAUAAGAUCCAUAGCCCGACAUCCAGAUCAUCCGGUGAUAGCAUCAUGUGGUCUGGAUAGCUACUUACGUUUGUGGGAUGUGAAGACAAGAGAACUUCUUUCAGCUACUUUCCUGAAGCAGCAUCUCACAUGUGUCGUCUUCGAUUCCAAUUUUUCUGACAAAGAAGUAGCGCCUGAUGCACAGAACACAGGUGAGAUCCCGGGAGAAGAUGAGCAAGAAGCAUUGAAGCCUGCAAAGAGGAAGAAGUCGUCUGAAGAAAUGAAAGGCAAAAAGAAGAAGUCGAGAGACGAUGGAAGCAAGAAAUCAAAGAAAAAGAGCCGUCCGAUUGAGAGUGAGGAGUGAUGAUAUGUAAUAAACAGUGUUCGAUAUCCAACACAUGAAUCUAAAGUCUUUGCUACCAAGUUUAAAAAUACCCUUGAACUGAAUUUUGUAUUUCCUUGUAAUGUGUUCUCUCUUCUUUCAUUACCACUUCCCGAGCAUCACUGUGAUUCUACUUUCUUCCCCUUGUGGUUGUCAGUAAGUCGAAGAAGUGUUGCGAAUUUGUUAUCAUAUGGAGCAGGCUGAUCGUUGAGGCACAAAUGCAAGGAUCAUGGCUGUUUUUGCUCAACACUCAUGCCAGUGUUGGAAGAGUGGGAUUUAUGUAGCAGUGCCACGGAUGGAUUGUCACGCAUGAAGGGAAUCUAUUGCUAAACCUCUGGCAAUUGUUAGAAGGUAUCUGAACAGUUCCAGUAAGCUUGUGGAGAAAGCAAUCCUGGAAGUCUUGAAGGGUGCCACAGAAAGCAGAAAAUCCCCGUCGAAUGAUCCUGAGAUUGUCACCAUGUUCAUGGAAGCUGAAUCUGCCACUGCCAUGUCGUUGGAAUCCCUGUUGUUGUUCAUUUUUUUAGUCGAGCAGGUGGUCAUUAGUUUCCAAGCUGGUGAAAAACCAGAAAAAGGAGGGUUGCAGUAGUAUCUAAAGAUGAAUUUGGCUAUGCUUCCUUUAAGAUAAUGAAGAUGUCCAAGUUCAGCUGAAGAAGCGGCGGCAGCCGUGCACUGGAGAUGUCGAUGAGAGCUGCAAAUUCUCAACACGUCAAUAUAUGAAAGAUAUUACUUGUAGAUUAGUAAUUUAGUAUACAUCUGUAAACCUGAUACCUUGCACUUAACACUACACAGACAAUGAUCUUCCC